CAUAAUGAGAACAAAAAGCAGGACUGAUGCAAAGCAAAUAUUUGCUGAUCAGAAGGCGACUGUGACCAUAUAAUAUCGCCAGAUCACGUCCAUAUAACUGACAAGACAGUUUGCGGUAGAAACUGAGGAGUAGAAUGGAGUCUCCACUGGUGUUUGUCUUAAUCCUGGCCACAAUUACCUUUGAAACAGCUCCUGCAUAUAGCCAGAGUAUACAUGCCUCGGAGAACCCCUUACCAGUGGGCAGCAACGUCACACUUUUCAGCCCUGCCAGCGUCCCCACAGGAGCAUGGAUGUUCAACAACGAUAUCAUUGUGAUGAUAUUCCCUGGAGAUAAAAUCAUAACGAACACUUGGAAUGACAGGGUUACAUUCAAUACAACCACUUCAUCGCUGACUAUAAGGUCGCUGCAGGUGGAAAAUUCUGGAUUGUACACAUUACAGGCACUGAAUUUGUUUCGUGCUCAGUUAACACUGUCAGUUCAAGUGCCUGUUUCUGAUGUGACUCUGAGGGCAAAAGCAACCAACCUGGUGGAGUUCAAUGACACAGCUGUUCUCAUGUGCUCUGUGUCCAACGGGACUUCCCUGUCUUAUGUUUGGCUGAAGGGCAGCUCUGUGGUCACAGCGGGUGGAGGAGUGCAGCUCAGCGACAGAGGCGCCACUCUCACUAUCAUCAGCGUGACCCGCUAUGACGAGGGGCCGUACAAGUGCAAUGUAUCCAAUGGUAUCAGCAGUGAAAUCAGUCUCCCUGUGCAACUGAACAUCAGCUAUGGUCCAAGUAACGCAACGAUGACGAUCAUGCCCAUGAAGUACAUCUAUAGAACAGGAUCUAACAUCACACUGUCAUGCUCAGCGGAGUCCAGCCCUCCGGCACUAAACCAGUGGAUUGUUAAUGGGGUAUACCUAAAUGAGCUGGUCCCACAGAUUCAGCUCGAGAGUGUUACAGAGAGCAACUCAGGGAUUUACCAAUGCUCAUUUCACAACACAGUCACAUCCAGGUUCACCAGCAUAAGUGCAACGAUCAGGAUUUUGGCGCCACUAGCAGCAGUUGUGGUGAAUCAUACAGGUGGACCAGCAAUACUCAAUGAGCCGUUCACUUUGCAUUGUGAAGUGACUGGAUCUCCUGACACCGUUCAGUGGUGGAGGAACGGUCAGCUUCUUUCAGCUGACAAUACGACAGUCUUUACCAUGGACAACAAGACACUGACUCUCAACCCAGUCCAACUUUCAGAUGAUGGAGAUUAUCAGUGUAAGGCUUUUAAUUACGUGAGCAACCUGACAAGCAGCCUCUACACAGUUAAAGUAAACUAUGGCCCAAUGAAACCAGUGAUCACCGGGCCGUCCAUGGUUCUAACAGGAUCAAUGGAGAGCCUCAACUGCUCAAGUGCCUCUUAUCCUCCCAGCAACAUCAGCUGGUACUUCAACGACUCCCUGGUGGCCACCACCUCAGAGUUAGUGAUUGGACCCCUGACCUUAAAUAUGAGCGGGAAGUACAUUUGCAUGGCCUUCAACAGCAUCACUGGCAAAAACAGCACUGCCUACACGAUGCUCACUGUUUUGGCUCCAGUGACCAUGGCGUCCAUAAAAACUGUUGGAGCUGAUCCAAUCCUGAACCACAGUUUCACCCUUACCUGUAAGACAGCUGGAGAUGUCGAGUCAAUCACGUGGAUGUACGGGUCGUCCCCACUGUAUGCUGACAACACAAGAAAACUCUCGGUGGACAACGCCACCCUCACCUUUGAUCCUGUCAUGCACUCUGACAAUGGACAGUAUCAGUGUGUAGCUUCCAACCCAUUCAGCAGCUUGACCAGUGAAAUCUUCAUGCUGGAUGUUUUGUAUGGACCGGAGAUGCCGACUAUCACGGGUCCGGAUGUGGCGAAGGCAGGAGACAGCGUGACACUACGCUGCAACGCAUCAUCAAACCCUCUCAGCGUCUACAAAUGGUUCUUCAAUGACUCUCUAGUGGCCAAUAUGUCUGAGUAUGUCACACCCCCUCUUACCAGCGACAUGAGUGGGAUGUACACCUGCAUGGCUUACAACAACAUCACGGGCAAAAACAGCACGGCGUACACCAUGCUUACCGUUGUUGAUCCAAUAACUGAUGUACAAGUAGAAGCACCAAUGAAUCCUGCCAUAGCAGGUCAUAUCUAUGAGCUAACGUGCAAUGUGACUGGACCAGCUGAGCAUGUUUACUGGAUGAAAAAUGGUGAGCCACUGCAUAAAGACAACAGAAAUGUUUUCUCCAUGGAUAACAAGACGGUCACCUUCAACCCGCUGGAACAAAAUGACACUGGGGAUUAUCAGUGUAUGGCCAUUAGUGCUGUUUGGAACAUGACCAGCCCUUCUUAUGAGCUCCUUGUAAACUUCGGACCAGAAACACCUGUCAUUGAUGGGCCAGCUCUUGCAGAGACGGGACAUACGGCUGUCCUCAGGUGUUCUGCCAAGUCAAUACCUCCCAGUCAGUUCAGUUGGUGGUUCAAUGGCUCAGAGGUGGCCAAUACGUCAGUGUUUACAACCGGCCCUUUGUCUUUCAAUAUGAGUGGAGAAUACACCUGUAUGGCCUAUAAUGGUGUGACAGGAAAGAACAGCACAAACUCCAAGAUGCUCACAGUUGUUGAGGCCACAGUGCCAGUGAUCACAAACAGCACAGUUCCAAUAAACUCUGAAAACUUCACUCUCACCUGUGAAUUCACUGGGGCCUAUGACACGAUCUACUGGAUGAAGGACAACAUGCAGCUCAACACGAACAUGUCCACAGCUGAAGCCAACAUGUCCUACCACUUUGAAAACAACACGCUGCACUUCACUCCAGUGACAGUGUACAAUGACGGCGUGUAUCAGUGUGUCGUCACCAAUCAGGCUGUUCCACAAACAAGCCCACAAUACAAGCUUAUGGUGAACUAUGGCCCUCUGAGUGUGAAUAUCUUGGGGCCAGAUUCAGCAAAAGUUGACACUCGCGUGUCCCUGGUGUGCUCUGCUGAUUCUCGCCCAGAUUGUGACUUCCACUGGUUCUUUAACAAUCAAUCGUCAGUUCUAAAGGCUGGCUCUGUUCUCACUUUCCCUGCGUUAAAAAAGAAUGAGGGGAACUACAUAUGUAAGGCGAGAAACCCUGUGACCAAUAUCACGCUGUACCAGACUAAAGCCUUCACUGUCGAUCACGCCUCCGCCCUCCACAUACGAUCCCAAGGCCACGGGAUGCUGAUGGGUCUGUUUGCUUUGUCUCUCACUGUGCUGUUCAGCUGAAACCUCCACCUUAAGAAAUACGGUCAGACUGAAAGGCCUCUUACUCCCUCUACAGUCAACAAUCUUCCUGUUAGAUUAGCAGGAAUGUGCUGCAUACUCAAUAUUCUGCUGCCAUGUCCAUGCCACACAUGGAAGUGUGACAGACUCUGAUUCGAGUUACAGGUUGUUGUUUCCUUUUAUUAGAUUUAUUUUCAUUAACAUGCCAUACAGAGGAAUAACAUACCAUAAUAUCAUUGCAUUGCCUGUUUGGGGUUUUUUAUGUAAGUUAUCAUCAUUAGCAAGUAAAUGUAGUUGUGCUAUUGUUAUUGCGGUGAUUGUUUCUGCCCUUAAUUAAAAUACUUCAAUACAAGUGCAGAGUGUAGCAAGGGGAAAUAAUGUAAGUGUAUUCCAUUAAAUACCUUCAUAGUCACUUGGCAUAAAUUCUAAUUCUUCAUUCUGAAAACAAACAGCUUUUUCUUUUAUGGAUGAUAACAUUAAAACUGUUAGUAAAUGUACAUUCUAUCAUAGUUUGAUUAAUGCUGUUUUAUUUCUCAAUCAAUAAAAAAUCAACA